CUCCACCUCCCUCAUACAACGCCGCGCGCACUUGCCAGAACACGCGUGCCCUAGUGCCAGUGGAGAGAUUGCACCAGCGCAGCGAGCCCGCGGUACAACAGUAAGUAAUGGCCAAUGCCACUGUCCCCGAGUCGCAGCCGCCGGCGCAAGCGGCGGGUGGCCGCCGCAAGGUGGUGGACGAGGUGUCCGGCUGGCUGCGUGUGCUGGACGACGGCAGCGUGGACCGCACGUGGACCGGCCCACCCGAGGUCCUCCCGAUGAUGCAGCCCGUGCCGCCGUACGCCGUGCCCCGCGACGGGCACACGCUGCACGACCUCCCUGGGGACCCCAGUUUCCGGAUCUACCUCCCCGAGCCCGAGGUCGUCGUCGACGGCGACCGCAAGGGCGGGCGCCUGCCCGUCAUCGUGCACUUCCACGGCGGCGGCUUCUGCUUCUCCCACCCGUCCUGGGUCAUGUACCACCACUUCUACUCGCGCCUCGCGUGCGCCGUCCCCGCCGUCGUCGUCUCUGUCGAGCUCCCGCUCGCGCCCGAGCGCCGCCUGCCUGCGCACAUCGACACGGGCGUCGCCGCGCUCCGCCGGCUCCGCUCCAUCAUCGCGCUGUCGGAGGACGGAGCUCUUGAUGACAAGGCAGCUGCUAAGCUCCUCCGUCAGGCCGCAGACAUCUCCCGGGUGUUCCUCGUCGGGGACAGCUCUGGCGCUAACAUCAGCCACUUCGCCGCCGCGCGUGUGGGCGCCGACGGCGCUGGCAUCUGGGCGCCGCUGUGCGUCGCCGGUUGCGUUCUGAUCCAGCCAGGAUUCAUGCGCGCAACAAGGAGCCGAUCGGAGCUGGAGGUGGGAGAGUCGGUGUUCUUUACGCUGGACAUGCUGGACAAGUGCAACGCCAUGGCGCUGCCGGUUGGCGCCACCAAGGAGCACCCGUUCACGUGCCCCAUGGGUCCGCAGGCGCCGCCGCUGGAGUCCGUGCCGCUCCCGCCGAUGCUGGUGGCCGUCGCCGAAAACGACCUCGUCCGCGACACAGACCUCGAGUACUGCGACGCGCUGCGCGCCGCCGGUAAGGAGGUGGAGGUGCUGCUCAGCCGCGGCAUGAGCCAUGCAUUCUACCUCAACAAGUUCGCCGUUGACAUGGACCCCAGCACAGGGGAGCGGACGCAGGGGCUGAUUGACGCCAUCGUGAGCUUCAUCGCUUGCCACUGAACGCUGAAGUGCAAGAACAAUGUAAUUUGCCUGUGCUACGCGUGUCCACUAUAGACUGAAGGUCAACAAAUAUGUGUCAGCGUCACGUGUCGCCUGCACGUGUAACUUGCGUUUGCCCCCCUUACCCAUGUGAAUGUUAUUGCUCCUUCCAACUA